AUGAGACUGUGUUUGCGUAUCUGGGGCCACGAGCUGCGUUGGGUCGAUGGAGAUUUUGCCGGGUUCUCUGUUUUCAAAGCAUAUCCGAAACACAUCGCUAACAUACUUCAUAGUGCCGAUGCUACUAUCGCCUCCCAGGCUACUGGCGCCAUGUCAUGGGCCUUUGUCAAUGCGCUCAAGAAGAGUCCCCAGCAAAGUUACGUCCAGUUGUUGAACAGCAUUCGUGACGAGCUUGCGACACGCUAUACUCAGAAGCCUCAGCUAUCGUGUAGUCACCCUCUCGACACGAAUCUUUUGUUCGUCAUGUAA